AUGCCAGCACAUUCCUCCCUCCGCCAUCCAAAGAAGACACUCAUGAAGGCCUCUUCCUUUGAUGUCCUCCGCCAACUCUCGUUUGAGCAGGAGAAUAUCUUUAACCACAGCCCAAGCACCUUGCCAAAGCAGGAUACCACCCCUAGGCGACCUGCAUCAUCUGGCAACUUGAUUGCCCAGAUUGCCAAGUAUGGUGAGCAUGAAAGCUCACUUGCCUUUCAAGUUGGAAAUACCAGCGGUGACGAUGUGUUUACCGAUCGGCCAGCGUCAGGAGCAGGAUGUAGGGCUUCAUCUUCGAAGGAGACUGGCGACAGUGCUGAAGAGAGUUCAACUGGGAGCGAGGAAAAAGCCUCACAGAGAGAUGGCAGCUGGUCAUUGAUUCCUCGUGAGACUAUCCAAGUCGAUGCACAGAGUAUUUAUCCGUCGUCAGCCUGCGUAUUUGUCGCCAAUCUAACUCAAGCCUUUGACGAUCGGAGACUAGAAAUCGAAGUCACCAAGUACUUCUCGCAAUUUGGAACUGUUUUUGUCAAAAUCCGUCGGGAUAGUCAUCAGAUGCCGUUUGCUUUUUGUCAGUUCACGUGCGAUGCCGAUGCCGAGAAUGCUGGAAAGCACGGAAACGGGGCAAUGAUACUCGGUCGCCCUUGUCGCGUCGAGAAGGCCACUGCUCAUUCGUGCUUUGUUGUCUACAAGCUAUCUGGAGCUGAGACGACUAGACAAGAAGCUAUCGACCUUCUUGGUGUACUGGGACCAAUAUCUGAAGUAUAUCCGCUGGAUCUUAACAAGCAGAAGACGGAGAAGUUCCCGCCUGCCAUGGUUGUUCACUACAAACGUUAUGACUCUUCGAGAUCUGUAACAAAGACUUUCGAAGGACACCCCGUUUUCCGUGUCGACGCAUACGACCCCAAGGCUGAGAUUCGGCAGCAGCAUAAGAAAAGCGAUCAGCAGAGCUAUGUACAAUACGAGAAGGACCGCCGAUCGGCAUAUUUUGGUAAUUUGCCCUUGAAGAUGACUGCGGAUGUUCUGAAGUCUCUAGCGAGCCAGUGUGGCAAGGUGCUCUGCGCUGAGGUUGCCACCAAAGAAGUUCCUCAAGUUGGUGGCAGAACUGUCACAACGUGCUUUGGCUUUGUCGAAUUUGUUCGGCCCGAUUCUAUCGACGAUGCCAUCAUGACUUAUCACCGAAAGUCUAUCGAUGGUCACAUCAUCAAGGUUGAGAGGAAGCGCACACGAACGUUCAAUGGGCCGUCUUACGGUACAAAUACCUCUCAGCGAGUAUCAUUUGCUGGUAUGCCGUCAACUUGGCAUGGCGAUAGAGGGAGUAUGGGCAAUAGCAAUGGCAAUGGCAAUCGGAUCAUAAAUGCUCACACUUUCAUUCCUCCUGGUACAAUGUUACCGGCGACAAAUCUUCCAACCAGAGUUAACAAUCAGGAGGAUUGUACGGUCUCUCCUACGAAGGCAGAUAGAUCCCAUCCACUUCCUCGAAUGAACGACAAACAGCAAACCCAGUUCACCGCGACCGUGCCAACACUUAACGAAGAAAGCUGUGGUACAUCUGUCCGCUUCCCAAAUACCCUCAAGUAUAUCUCCCCUGGCCAAUCAAUGGUGUUUGGCCGCGUCGAGGAGAGUGAGCUUGGAAAAGCGGUGGAAGGCCGUUACCCCGCUGAGAACAAAGAGGAAAUGAGUGAGGAGAAGUUAGCUAAUAACAUCGAGGCCAAAGAAGAGGAAAGAGGACUGAAGUCUGCGUCAAAGAGUAUUGAAACCGCAGACAAGCAAGAGUUCAUUUCGCAUGGCAGCCACAAAAACAAAUUAAACGAGAGUCUCUGCGAUUUCAAGGAUGUCGAAUCGAUCAAUAACACGACAAAAGAUGACCCCAAAAAACCGGAAACUCCCACCAAGUCUCCGACAAAGACUGCUGUCAGGCCUUCUCCAGCAUAUGGUGCCGAGUCGGCAGCAACCUGCUUUUAUCCCAUCAUUCAUCCUUAUCCCUACUCGCCUUAUGGAUUUCAUCCAAUCCAAUCACUCAUGGCUAACCCCAUGACACCUCAGGGUGGAUCUAUUAUGUAUAACUCGUUCUCACAUGCGUACUACAGCCCCCCGCCAUAUUCAGACAUGUAUGCCAUGUAUCCGAUGGUGCAACAGUAUCCAAGUGCUGCUGUAGAAACGCCUACUCGCGCUUCUGCAUCAUCCCAUGGCGGCAGAAAUCAACAGCAAGAGUCCCGAACCGAGACAUAUGCCAUAUCCCCAAAGUCUGGUGAAAAGACUGAUGAAGAGGGCAAAGGAAAAGCUCACUGA